CACGUGCUUUCUUCUCUAUUACAAAUGUCUCUUAGCAUCAACCUUGGAAAGCUCGCUGCUGGGCUGAGCUUCCCACGUCUUCCUGAGAUUAGAGUGACGAUACCUAAUCCGUUUGUAUCCACAACAAGCACUUCGAACGCUGUGCAAGCUUCGCCAGACUUGCAAAGACGCUUACAGGAGUACUUGGAGAACAGACCUGUUGAGGAGUCGUUCUUCAUUGACAAUGGGCUGCUGAGAGCUGUUCCUAAGAAGAAAGUGACCUACAACAGAAAGAGACAGAGACAGUUGAAGCCAACCUUAAAACAGCUUCCAUACCUCCACCACCUGAACCGUUGUCCAUCGUGUGGACACACCAAAAGGGCAAACACCCUGUGCAUGCACUGUGUGCUACAGAUCAAGAACCUGUGGAAGCAAGAUUCCAAGGGGGAGAGCGAGAUCGUCGAGCAGGUGCUGGAUCCAGUUGAUAAGAAGGUGUUGUACCCAGGCAAGAAGCAGACCGAGUAUGAGAAGGAGCUGGAGAAGAAGGAGUACGUUUUGCGCCGCUCAAGAAGCUUACCACUGUCUAGAAAAUGAGUCCAAGCACUCGGCGAAGAAAGCAUCUAUAGGAGAGGCAUAUAGCUAACAACAUGUAUAUAGCACUAGUGUUACACUUAUUCACGCGUAGACGGGACUUGUACCACGCAAAAUGACAGGAAAAUGUUCAUAUUAUACGGAUUACACUGAAA